AUAAUAACCGCUACACUGCAUUUACAUGCCCAGAGUCCUAUGCAUGAAAACCAUGUGUCCUGUAAUAAUAGGAAACGAGAACAUAUCCUCACCUCUUCGUGUACCGGGUGUUUCUGCCGCCCACACCGGGCGUGGAAAAGGCUUUGCUCCCGUGACCUGUCACGCAAUCAGCAAGCGGUCUAGAAAUACAAUUCCGACGGCCACAUUCGGCAACCCCUCAGUCGGUUCUCAUUAGAAGGAAAGGUAAGGAAAAGAGAAGGGAUAGCCUCAUCACGGAUCCUGCUCGCUCGAAGGUGCCGCCGCCUCCGAUCGCCAUGACCAUCCCCGAGGAGGAUAGCUCUCCCCCGCUGGAGGAAGGCCGUGCUCCAACUCGUGUCCGGACUUCUUCCGAGCAUCUCACCGACGACAUCCUGGUGGAGAUCCUCUCGCGCGUCCCAGCCAAGUCGCUUUGCCGCUUCAAGUGCGUCUCCCCGCACUGGCUGGGCCUCACCCAAGACCCCCACCACCGCAAGAAGCUUCCCCAAACCCUGACCGGAUUCUUCCACAGCGAGGACGGCAGCACAAGCGAGGAUCAUCGGCUCCUGGAAUCACCUGUCAAGUUCACCAAUCUCGGCGGGACCCAGCACCGCCCGCCGGUCGACACCUCCUUCGCCUUCCUGCCUGACAAGUACAAGCGCUUCGAUCUGCUGGAUUGCUGCAACGGCCUCCCUCCUCUUCCGCUGGUACGACGUCUCUGCCAAAGACGACCUUGAGUUCCGUUACCUCGUGUGCAAUCCUGCUACAGACAAGUGGGCUGCCUUGCCGGACUCUCACCAGGCGGCGGGCCUGAGCGCAGCUCUUUACCCUGAGGAAUCCAUCGUGCGCUUGGGCUUCGACCCGGUCGUGUCGCCGCAUUUCCAUGUGUUUGUAUUGGAGGACAAGCAACAUAUCUGGGACUCUUACCUCGCCACAAGGAGUUCGGUGUAUUCCUCUGAAAUCAGAGUGGCCAGAGUGGCAGUUUACUCGUCCAAGUCCGAAGGAUGGGUUCAUAAGCACAAGACUUGGGACACGUAUAUCAGCGUCACCGAACGUCAGUCAUCAACUGUCUUUCUCAAUGGCAAGAUGCACUUCCACGCCUAUGACCGUGAGCAAUCCUCCUUUUGUCUAGCUGCAGUGGACACCGAUGCGGAAACAUGGACCAACUUCGCUGUCCCCGGUGGUAUGAUUGAGGGUUUUAUUCGGCUGUCGCAGGGCUGCUUGCAUUAUGCCAAUUUACACAGAGGCGAAGAUGGUUUCUCCGACCGACUAGCAGUUUAUGUUCUCCAAGACUAUGAAAAGAAGGAAUGGAUAUUGAAGCAUAGAGUUGAUACUUUCGACCUAACCAAAAGUAAACAUGUUGUCUCUGAUGGAGGCUUUGAUUGGAUUGUGAUUCACCCGCAAUAUAACUUGAUCUACUUCACUCUGGGGUGGGAUUCCACAUUCAUCUGCUAUGAUAUGGAUCGUGCAAGUGAUCUGCGAUCUUGAAGAGUGCAAGAAGCCGUACCUGCCAUAUGUGCCGUUGUACGCAGAGUUACCAUCAUUGCCCAUGUGACAUCAAUAUGAGACUGCUUGUGCCUUUAUAAGUUGGGAAAAGGAAGAGUGAAUUCCCUUUUUUUUCC